GGGGUGGAAAUGGCUUGCAGUCGACCAUAAUGAGAGAGAACGCAGGAACAUCAUGUGUUCCUGGCUUGGCGCUGUCGCUGAAUCAAGCAGCUUGGAUCGUGGUAGGUGCUGUGUCACACAAGCAGCCACAGUUUACGUCUGUUCAAUUGUAAUGCGGCAUACACUCAGGACAGGAUAGUGACUGUGCGAACUCUGAGAGACGCGCUACUUUGUUUAUUUCUACCGACUUGACCUCGGGAUGUGAAGUAAAGCUGUUACCAGAUUUCAAAUAACUAUUUUCACACUAAUACAUUUGAUUUAUUGUCGAGGGGAAUAAGACGCAUAUUUGAAAAUGAACCCUCCGUGUGCGCGCUGUGGGAAAAUUGUCUAUCCGACGGAGAAAGUCAACUGCCUUGAUAAGAAUUGGCAUAAAGGAUGCUUCCACUGCGAGGUGUGUAAGAUGACUCUGAACAUGAAGAACUACAAAGGCUACGAUAAGAAGCCCUACUGCAAUGCGCAUUACCCGAAGCAGUCCUUCACCAUUGUGACUGACACCCCAGAGAACCUGAGGUUGAGACAUCAGAGUGAGUUACAGAGCCAGGUGAAAUACAAAAAGGACUUUGAGGAUAGCAAAGGCAGAGGCUUCAGCAUUGUAUCGGACACGCCAGAGCUGCAGAGACUGAGAAAGACACAGGAGCAGAUCAGUAAUGCAAAGUACCAUGAGGACUUUGAGCGGACGAAGGGCCGAGGAUGCACCCCAGUGAUGGAGGACCAAAACAUGGAGAGAAUGCACCACCGGAACAACCUGAUGAUGAGCGAGGCAGCCUACAAGGGAGUACACCAUCAGGUGGUAGAGAUGGACAGGAGACCUGGAGGCAUCAUCGUAGCUCCUGUGCUACCUGGGGCGUACCAUCAGAGUGCCCAGCCGCAACAGCCAGGGUACGGCUACAUGCACCAGACAAGCAUGUCCUCUGUGAGGUCUCAGCAGUCCCCCCCAUCUGUCACCAUGGUUCCAACGCAAACAGUCUAUUCUUCUACAAGAGUUUACCGGGCGCUCUACGACUACGCAGCGCAGGACCACGACGAGGUGUCCUUCCGCGACGGUGAUGUAAUCGUCAACGCUCAGCCCAUCGAUGAGGGCUGGAUGUACGGCACCGUUCAGAGGACCGGCAAAUCAGGCAUGCUCCCUGCCAACUACGUGGAGUGCUUCAACUAAGGGCCGCAUCUCAAUAGUCUUUAAGCGAUUUCCUUUCCUCUCUCCUUGUCUCCUCUCCUCCAUCAGCACUGAUGUGAAAACAAAAAGAUUGGAUAGGCAGAAGGGAUAAGGCGGACUGGAUGCCUACUGUGAAAUUGAUUCCACCAGUUCUUUUAAUUUCAGUACAGUUGAAGGAGAGGAGAUGAGGAAAGGAGGCCAUUCUAGAUUAUUGAAAUGCACCCAAGGGGCUAGCCUUACCAUGGUUUGGUGGAGUCCUCUCCCCAAGUGUCUGUUUGAAGUCUGGUCCUGGAGGGCUACUGUACAUGAGCAGAGAUAAAGGAACUAGGUGGUGUUGUUCAGUUUACUCUGUCUAGACUACAGACCCAAACUAUCAUAGCUACUGUACAUUACCCGCUGAAAAUGGUCAUGGAAAAGUGUAUCAUGUAAUAAUACGUUUUGCUUUUGAUUUAAUUUAAAGCAUUGGUGGCUUGUCCCACGUGAACAGUUAAUGAAAAAGUAUAUAUCAUUCAAUCAGAGAAUUGUAACCCUCAAAUAGACAACAUUUAGCCGACAAAAAAUGACCUAUUCAAUGGAAUACAUUUACCACUUUCUGGGAGAGGUCGAAAACAUCAUGAUUCCCACACUUCAAACCACAUUUGAAUUCGUUAAGCAGUUUCUAAUUUUUUCACACAAAUGUUGUGUUGACUUCAUGAUUCCAAACGUGCAUUCUUGCAGCACAAGACCAAUAAUGUUUUUGACUUAUCCUGGAAAAGUGGUUAGUGGGUUUGCUUGAAUAGCGCCCAACCAGUCCUCCAGCACUGGAAUAGGGAGGGACCCGCAUUCUUCUUGUACUCCUUUGUAUUUAAAUUAUUAUAUUUUGCAUUUGGACAUCAAUACUAACUUUGUUUCAUGUACAAAUUAGGGGAGAGGGAGUGAAGGAGAAAUGACAUUUUCAGGACAAUCCUGAGUGAUUGCCAGACAGUCAGCUGUUUAACUUAUGUUAUAUCAUUAACACGCAGCUUCAUUCUGUUUCAGUCUGAUGACAUAAAGGUUUAAACCAGCUCCACACGUAAAUAUAGUUGAUACAAACUCUAAUUGAGUCACACCAUCUCACCUCUUGCUUUGAGUUCAGUGGAGUGUUUACAUCUCAAAUACCAGUUUAGCCUCACACAGGCUUUAAUUAGAUUAUGUCCUCUUCGCGCUAACUAGCAACAUAGUUGUCAUAUGUUGCCAUCUAAACAGUGUCAAGUAAGAAUGGUAUAUGAAGUUGGAUUGUAAAUCUUAAGAUUUCUAAACUAUUGUGAACACUUGAUUCAUAAGCUCCUAUAAGAAAAACACUAAUGACAGUACACGCUUGGAAAAAGGGCUCCAAAAGGGUUCUUCGGCUUUCCCAAUAGGAGAACCCUUUUUUGGUUCCAGGUAGAACCCUUUUUGGUUCCAGGCAGAACUCUUUUGGGAUCCGUGUAGAACCCUCUGUGAAAAGGGUUCUACCUGGAACCAAAAAGGGUUAUUCAAAGGGUUCUCCUAUGGGGACAGCCAAAGAACCCUUAUUGGUUCUAGAUAGCACAUUUUCUUCUACGAGUAUGCAUGUUAUAAAUGGUUUAUAAUAUCUUAAGGCAAAAUCCAUGCACACCAUUGUGACCAUUCAAUGACUUUUCUGGGUACAUGGUAGCUGGGGAUUCUCUCUUUACUGUGGUUUUGUACAUUACAUUUUAUUACUGAAAGUGGUAACAAAUGAAAAUGUUGUGAAAUGCUAAUAUUUAUUGGCCUUUAAGAGACAAUAACGGAACAGCAAGAAACCUCAAGCUUGGUGUGUUGCUUAUUCAAAUCAUAAAGCCUUUUUUGUCCAAUGGUUUUUCUUCUAGUAGUUCCAUUUUUUUUUUAAAAUUGUAUGUCUCUCUAAAAAAUGUUUACUCAGUUUGUACGCCAACAUUGAGUUUUAUUGAGGUGUCACUUUUUCCUCAGUUAACCAUUUGUUACAUUUUUGGGGGGUCAUUAAUUGCAGUGUGUCACGAGAGAAAAAUAAAAAUCUUUGUCGACAAUGA